AUGGAUACUGGUUUCUCGCAACCAUAUAUGCAGGGGCCCGAAUUCCAGAAUCCUGCGGACUCCAGCGCACAUAUACCGUCUGAUUACGUUGACCUAGCGAUUCCAUUCGAUCCGGCCUCCCUCUUCCAUUUUGUCUCUUCUGGGCCGAAUGGGCAAUUUAUGGGCAUUUCUCAGUCGCCCAAUGCUUCCACUAGUGUCAACCUUGCUCAUGAUACGGGUUUAUCUACACAUUCAUAUGUCGAUCCUCUCACAUCACCUAGCACUCAUCCGAAUGUGAACGAUAGGUCCUCUGACCAGGUAUAUUCUACCAUCCCUCCAAUGGACAGUUCAAGUUUUGCGAACAUGAAUACGAAUACGAACACCACGCUUGAGGCAUUUCCUACAAUGCCUAUCCAUUCGGGAACCUUUGAAAACUUUACGCACGAGUGGUCUAAUUUCACACAGCCUCCAAUUGGCCUCCCAGCGGCGGUCGAUUCGGCGCCACGCCAUUCUUACCAUCCCAAUACAACUACACACUCUCCACCCCCUAUUCAGGACCCAGUGUUUGCACUACCAGUGAGAUAUCCAGAAGCUUCAGAAGAAAUACAACAGCAUCCCCCUCAACAUCCUUUUCCGCAUGGACAAGUUAUGAUGAAUGCAGGAGCCCAUUCUGCCACCCCGGAAGCGGUACCUCGACAAGCCCGUAAUUUGCAGUCAUUUCCUCAUUCCGGUGCCCCGGCUCAUAAUUCUCAUCAGAGGCGAAUUCACCGUACAAACCCCCUUGGCCCUGCUCCAUCAGCAAUAUCCUCUCACCACAGGGCCAGGUCUAACGGCCAUUCUUCACGGGGACGACCACGGCCCACAACCACGAGCUCUCCUGCAAAUUAUUCACAAGUUUCAUCCGCCCAGUCAUCAACUCACAAUCAGAGAAACCACCCCUCCAACAACGCCACUCACCAUUCCUCAUCUACGACAAUACCAACAGGCCGGCCACCCACACAACAUCAUCAAGUAUCCGCACAAGUCUCCGAACGCGAGCAAGUGCAAGAGUUGUUACGGAAUAUGCAUGCCAGCGAAGUCCGGGCUAUAUACGAUGCCACCGUGGCUCGUAGCCAGCGGAUAGACCCCUCCUACUUUAUUUCCGCCGUCAGUAAAAAGAUACUUGACUCCCCACGGGAAUGCCGUCCUGAGCCCAAAGAAACAGGAGAGUUAACCAUCAAUAUGGAAUGUAAAGUCUGCAUGACCCAGCUCGUAGACACCGUGUUGCUGCCCUGUGGUCACGCAAUUCUCUGCCAAUGGUGCGCAGACAAGCUCAUCCCUUCCUCAAAUGGGUAUCCAAAGGGGAAGGCAGCUUGUCCUAUGUGCCGCGAUCCUAUAAAGCAAAAGGUACGCAUAUUCACUGGAUAG